CGUCACAGGAGUCUCAGCUGCUGCUGUGACACUGACCUGAGCGGCUUCUUGAUUUGUUAAAGGAGUGAAGGUUUAAAAGGGAUUUGCCAGUACUGCUCUCUUGCAUGGUUGGAGGUAUUUUGCAUUCCCAUUUUCUGCAAAGAAGCAAAAUUCACCGAGCUGAGACUUUUGUCUUUAAAAAAAACCUAGCUAUCCUUCCAUUGCUAGAUUGACCAAAUGGUGGAACAUCCAUAGGAUUUCUCCCCAGAGCUAAAAGGCUUUAUUUUAAAGGCAAGUGGGACUGCUUCAAAUAAAACAACUCCAAGCUUCCAAGAAACAGUUAAGAAGGCAGAGACAAGCAGAAAUACCCCUUCACUAACACUCACACGGUUGCCAUGGACCUGCAUAAGCAGUGGGAGAACACAGAGACUAACUGGCACAAGGAAAAGAUGGAGUUACUGGACCAGUUUGACAAUGAAAGGAAGGAAUGGGAGAGUCAAUGGAAAAUCAUGCAGAAGAAGAUAGAAGAGCUUUGCCAUGAAGUAAAGCUUCGGAGGAAAAUCAACAUGAAUGAACGUGCUAAGAUCCUUGAUCAUGAUCGUGAAAAAGCGAUUCAAGAUAAAGUGGUGGAAUCUUCUCCAAAUUACCCCAAUUCAGGACAAUGCGAAUUUACAGGGAUGAAUCACGGGGAUGAUCUGGAAAAAGAAAAUAAAACAGAGCAGAGCUUACUCCGUGAAGGAAAUCAAAUGUGUAAGGAACAAAAAACAACAAAAAAGUCAAAAGUAGAGAUUAUGGAUCCUUUGGCCACACAUAACCAAAAACAAUGUGGGGCAUGCCCUGGCCUGAGGCCUUCCAGGGUAGAGGACAGGAGCUGUUCUGGGGCCCUCAACACAGCUCUGGAAGAACUUGCGAAAGUUAGUGAAGAAUUAUACAGCUUUCAAGAGGAAAUCCGAAAGCAGUCUAACCACAGAAGAAUGAAGUCAGAUUCUUUUCUUCAAGAAAUGCCCAAUGUAAUUCAUAUGCGUCACAGAGACCACAUGAUCAACGAUGGCCAGGGCAUUCUUCCGAUUGAUUUAGAAAAAGAAAAGCAGAAAAAUAGAAAGAAUCUGAGCUGUUCCAAUGCGCUCCAAAGCAAUUCUAUGAAAAAAUAUGAAUUUGAUACAAUUGAUCUGCAAAGAAAUGAAAUUCCACCACUUCCUCCUCCAAGAAGCACAUCUCGAAAUUUUCCCAGCUCAUUUUCUGAACAAGCUCAUGAAAGUUUGAAGGACAGUUUAGACCACAACAGCCACGUGGCCCAAGAGGGUCAAGGUGAACGGAACUACAGUCCUGAUUUCCUUUUGAGGCUGUGUCUAAAUGAAGGGAAGACUUUGAAAGAUGGUAUCAUGCUCCCUUUGUUGGCACCCAAAACCAAAAUAGAUAACCAGCAUCCAUGUGAUGAAAGUGUUGGACUUGGCAUGUGGUCCUAUGACACAGGGAUCAGUGCAAAAAAUAGUCCCUCUACAUUGUGGUAUCAGAAAAUCUGCUCUACUCCCAAUAAGCCAAAAUGUGAAAAGAUGAUUCCAGAUCAUUCUGCUAAAUCUCAUCCUGAUCUUCAUAUAAGUAGUGACUGUAGCUCUUCAGUGACAGAGAGCAGUGGGUCACUUAGAAGUUUCAGUUGUGACUUUAAGAGGACAACUAGGAAUGAAAAGCUGGCAGCAAAGACUGAUGAAUUUAACAGAAUUGUAUUUAGAACAGAUAGAAAUUGUCAGGCAAUACAGCAAAAUCAAAGCUACUCAGAAUCAUCUGAAGAUCCUAAGCCCUGUGAUACCUUAAUUACUCAUACAGGUAACAUAUCAGAAAAUGAUGAUGUGUCUGAUAUUCUGAAAACCAGUGUCCACGUGCCCGUGCCUGUGCCCAGAGAAAAUGUGCCUGACAAUCCCACCAAAAAAUCCACAACAGGCCUCGUCAGACGAAUGCAGGAACACAUGAGUCCUAGCAGUUAUCGGAGUAUGCUCCAAGAACACGACUGGAGACCAAGUAAUUUGUCUGGCCGGCCAAGAUCAGCUGAUCCUAAGUCAAAUUAUGGUGUUGUGGAAAAGCUGCUGAAAACCUAUGAGAAGUCAACAGGGCCUGCAUUGCAAAAUUCUAAAUGCUUCCAGGAUAAUUGGACCAGAUGUAAUUCUGAUGUCAGUGGUGGGUCCACAUUAAGUCAGCAUUUACAAAUACUUCAAUUAGAACAAGAGCUUCAGCAAAACACAGCUACGUAUGGAGCACAGCAAGUUAAACGACGAGUAGAUUGGAAAAAGAUAACAGAGGAAUCCAUGGCAGUGAAAUCUUCACCUGGAAAAGGAUUUUCCCGACCUGCUAGACCAGCAAAUCGCCGUCUCCCAUCCAGAUGGGCCUCGAGAUCUCCAUCGGCGCCCCCCGCCUUGCAGAGAACUACCCCCAGCUAUACCAUUUCUCUGCAAUCUGCAGCAUCGAUGGUCUGAGUCUCUGGCCUGGAUUGCUAGAUGACAGAAGUCCUAAUUGCCAAACAGAGCAUUCCGAGUGUUUACAGCCAAUCCGGGCUCUUCUCUGUCUUUCAAGAUCACUGGGACAGACAGUUUAAAUCUUGACUUCCCAUCAGUCUUCAGUGUUUUUAAUCUAUGGAAUAAUUAUCUUCCUGUAUUUUGAUUUCUUAGAUCAGAAUUUUUUAAUGCCAUCUUCAUUAAUUUGCCAAUAUGAUUUAAGUCAAAACAAUGUACUAUAUUGUAUAUUCUAUCUUUCUUGCAAGUGGCAGAAAGCAAGGUUAUGUGCAUGGCCAUGUGUUUGUAGGUGCAUGUGUUGAAACAGGAAGUAUCCUAGUAUGUACUUAGAUAAGAAAAACUUCUGUGCUAGUGUUGACUUUGAAAUUAUAAUAUGUAUACCUAUAUAUUCUUUGUGUUUAUUUAAAAUUUUUGAAAAUAUACAGUACUAUUUCUAUUUUGUAUACCUUUUAAUAGGUAUCCACUUAAGGCAUUUGAGGUACAUAUAUUAACUAACCACUUUCUUGGUCCCAACUACAUUGAAAAAUAAGAAUUAUACACAUUAAUAACACUUGGUAGAUUUCUAUAUACAACUCAUAGUUUCUUAACCAAUGUAAGGAUGGACUAAUGCCAUUGAUCUCCUUGUUUAUUCUUUUAAUAAAUAAAAUUGUCACAGGUUUAAUAGAUCAGACUUCCAAAGCAAACAUAAAAUGUUCACAAAAUCUUUUGUAUAUCAUUUGGUAGUCUAUUACGGCUUUAACCGUGUACUUGAUCCCCAGAGCCAUAACAUGAGACUGCCUUAGAAACAACAGAACUUAAAAAUGAACUUAUUUUGUCAACUUCAGUAACAAAUAAUCCUUAAAUAGGAUAUGAAAAUAAAUUCAGUUAUGUUGAAUUCUACUUUUUUGUUAAAUUGUAGUAAGCUGUUAGUUAAGCUCCUUCAUUUGAAGUCAUAUUUAGAGGUAAGUCAUUUCCUUUUUUUUUUUCUAAUUUUCUCUAAAAUUAGUAGUAAAAAGCUAAUUUAUCUUUUUAUUAACAGGGAAGAUUAGAAAUGAUAUUUCAUUGAAAGCCGAAUUAUAAUAUAUUUCUUAUAGUGUGCUACAUUAAAAAAAAAAAAAAAGCCUUAAAGUAAACUUUGGCAUCCAUGAGUAGGAUAAGGAACAGAAAUGUGUAUUUUGGCCACAGUUUACACACAGUGAACAUGUAAGAUCUAUGUUGAGAACUGAAAGAAGUAUGAAUGCUGAGGUGUUUGGAAUUCUACAUGGACGAUCUUAGAAGCACCUUUGCUCUCUCUGGUCUCUCUAUAAAACCAACUUCGUUAGUAGAUACUUCUAUGUAAGCUUUUCUUUUACUACCAGAAAGGUUAAGCAAUUCCUGUGGCAUAAGCACCCAUGACCUUCUUCUUAUGAUAUAUUCUAACAAUUAAGAGUAAUUCAUUUCAUUAUACAUCAUGACUUGAGGUAAAGUAAAUAAUUUCCAAAUCCCAGACUGCCUUAAAAUGCUCAAGACUGUUGCUUGAUGAUGGACAGAUUUGUACUUUCCAAUAAGGAGAGUUUAUAGGAGUUGAGCUGAAUUAAACUUCUAGAAUGUGAGGAUGGAGCAGAUGGUAAGUAAGGGCUAUAGAUCCAUUCUUUUUUGGAAUAGUUUGAGAAGAACAGGUAUAAACUUUUCUUUAGAUUUUGGUAAAAUUCGCCUGUGAAACCAUCUGGCCCUGGACUUUUGUUUUUUGAGAGUUAUUGGUUACUAAUUCAAUUUCUUUGUUGGUAAUUGGUCUGUUGAAAUUUUCCAUUUCUUCCCUGUUUCAGGUUUGGUGGGUUAUAUGGUUCUAGGAAUUUAUCCCUUUCUUCUAGGUUGUCCAAUUUGUUGGAAUAUAGUUUCUCAUAAUAUUCUCUUAUAAUUGUUUAUAUUUCUGUGGUUGGUGUUUAGAUACACUCAUUUAAUUCUUGUUUCUUUCAGGAAUAUCCUUUUCCAUAGGAAACCUAUCAGAGACAAGUAACCUAGAUGCCAACUGAUGUCAUUUAUGUUUUAUGCUUUUCAUCUAGAAGUGGGGAAACACUAGGACGAUGGUAGUUUUUGGCAUACAAUAAUAGACCCGCUAGGAAGGUGCUGCUAUGCCACAGUGGAAAGACUGCCCGAGAACUGGGCAACAUCCCUGCUCCCCUCCAUCACUGUAUCCCAGGUAGUCUGAUGUGGAUCUGUAGUUCCUAUCUUUAACUACAAGUCGGAAUGUUGAGGAUUUCUUUAAAAAAAAAAAUUAGAUUCCUGACCUCAUUUCAUAUUUACUAGAGCAGAAUUUCCAAGGGUGCAGGGUGGGAAUCUGGAGUCUUUAAUAAAACAAUAACAACAACAACAGCAACAAGAAAGCCAAAUAUUUAAUGAUUACAGAGAUUUGGAAGCAGUGACAUUGAUGCCCCAAUAGAUGGGUACUAUUGGGUAGUCACAUUGCUUCCCUGGGACUUGCUUUUGUUACCUAUAAAAGAAAAGGAUUAUAUUAUCAGGCAUACAAUUUUAAACCACCUUUUCUAUUACCAUUUGAAUGAAACAGUGGGACAUAUUUUAACACCUUCCUAUGUUGACUAAAAUCAUAGCAUGGUAGAGUUUAAAACAAAAAACUUAGUAUAUAGUCCAACUCCUUGAUUGUAACGAUAAACUAAAACAAAAGUUAUUGAAAUAUUCUGUUUUCUCUUUUAAAAUAUUUUAUAAUUUUUUAUGAAAAACCUAUCAGGUAAAUGGCAAUUAUCCUUGAAAAAUAUUUUUUUAUGUAUUGUGAUUUUUAACUGGUAGUUUUUCUACUUUGGAUGAGCAUGUUCUUCCCAACAACAUACCCUUCAUUAUGCUAUCAUUGCUGGAUUUAAGACAUUUGUCAACAUUUCAGAAAUAUUUGCUUAGAAACACUUGUGUUAAUAGAAGUUUUCCUGAGCAGACUAUUGGGGAGAAAACUUACAUUAUUUCAACUGAGGAGUCUGCUCUCAGAAAGGAAUAAGAACAAGGCAGAAAAAGUGCUUGAGUUUUUGUGCAUGUGUGUGUGUGCACACAAUCCUUGCACGAGUUCUCUAUAUUGCCUUAUCACCAAAGCCAAAUAUAAAUAUAUACAUUAUAUUUGCAUAAUUCACUUUAUCAAUAAUUAACCUUAACUUUCAUUUGUUUUUACGUAGACAAUGAAGAUGACCAGAUAUUAUCAUGCAUGAUUUACCUCUACAUAGAGGAUUUAGCCAGACUCCAUGUCAUUCUGAGAAAAUAUCUGGACCUAAAAAAAGAAUCUGUUUCCUUACAAAGAUUUUUAAAAUUAUUUCCAGGCAUAGGCACAUUUACUGACAAACAACUACUUGACAUUAAAAUCUCCUUCAGUGAUUGGAAGUUAUCAAAUAAAAUAGAUAUGGAAACACCUGCUGUGGCAUGUGCAUACAUUGAGAACAUUUUGAUUUUCCUCCUUUUCUAUAGUGAUCUCCAGUAAAGCCGAAAGUUUUAUGAAGUCUAAAAAUCACACUUCAGCCUAGCUUCUCUUAAAAUAUCUCUACAUAAUAAAAUCUAAAAGCCACGUCUGUAUGAAUUCCUGCACCUGGCCACACAAAACCCCAUAUGAUUUCUUAUACCGGACAGCCCCUCUGCCCAUUUAACCACUUACUGAAUUUUUGUUUGAAAAAUAUUACUCCUUUGAAACUUGCCUUUACACGUGGAAUUAGUUUAAUUAUUUUUAGAUAGAUUCAGAUUUCUAUUAUAGUACUAUUUUGCUUCCAAUUCUGCAUGUUUCUUCUUCAGUAGCAAGUAUCAUUAUUAGAAUUUACAACUACGACAUGCUUAAUAUAGCACAUAAUAUGGUCUUUCAAAAAAAUUGGCUUCAUAAAGUAAAAAAAUAAAACAAAAAAAAAGUUGGGGGGCAGCUUUCAUGCAAGUGUCUACUCAACAUUUUUCAUGCAAGUGUCUACUCAACUGUAGGAAUUUUUCUUCUCAUAGAAAAUAAUUUUUGUUCCAGUGAGGGAAAAAACCAAAAAAUUUAAAAUCUGAUACAUAUUGCAAUGAUCUUAUUAAUCCAAAAUGUACAAUUUGGCAAAUUCUGAAAAAAAUAGUAUGCUUAUAUGAAGCUGUGAUGUAAUCUAGAAAUGAAGGAAGAGUCGAGAAUGGGAAGGACCAUAAAAGUCAUGCAGAACAAUCUCGUGGAGAUGGGAGAAACUUGAAACUCAGAGAGGUCUGUGUGCUUGCCAAGGUUAUAAGGAUGGGCAGCAACCUGGCCUCCAACACCAGUGUCCUGCCUUCCUUGUACACCUAUGUGCAUCUAUGACUUGGUGGUUCACAAAGCACAUUUAUAUUCCUUGACUUGUUUACUUACAACAAACUUCAGGCUGGCCUCUGUGAUUUCUCAUUACAGUUGGAGAAAUUAAGUAAUGAAGAUAAUAGAAUAAAUAUUUCCCAAGAUAAUACUAAGAAAUAUAUAGGUGGUUGCCCAGACUCCUAAUGCAAGCUCUUUCCCAAAAAAAGAGGAAUAGCAGUUCUUUUCCACUUAUGUUUUAUGCAUGAAACAAGUUGUUUAUUUUGCUUUCAUUGAGAGUUUCUCUUAAUUUUGCCUUUCAAUUUUCUUAAUCAAGGUUCAUCAUUCAUGAUUUAUAUGGUUUCAAUGGUUUCAAGAGUUAGUAUUAAAGAAGUCAUGAAGAAGGCUCACUUUAUCAAAAUAUUUUUUUUCAUUUUUUGAUGCCUAUCCUCUAAUAUUGUAUACAUUUUGUAUGUGGGCCAAAAUGUUGAAGGUAAACUAAUAAGUAGCCAAAGCAAUCCUCGUCUAUAGUACCAAGUGAAUCCUGAUCUCCUCAACCUUCAAAAGAAUCAUAGAAAAAUUUUCAUACUAUAGGACUUAAAUGUACUCCAAAAUAAAUGAGAACUUUCCCUUCAAGCUUGCAGUUAUUUCCAAUUUAUAAUCUUACUCUGAAAUAAAUUGUAUCUGCCAAUUUCAUUUUGAGGCUUUAUCCUCUAAUUACUUAUGUAAUUUUAUAAAAAUCAUUAAACAAAUUCAAUCCA